AUUCCUCUUUCAUCGCCGCACAAAUUCUUCUUGGGCUUGGGAUCAGCCGCAGCAUCUCUCCUAGAUCCUUCGCGCGGCGAUCAGAUAGCCCUGCUCUCCGAACUCUCUUCCGAACCUUUUCAUCUUGCUCGCAUGAGGGAUCAGAUGCUGGCGAGCGAAGAAGGUAGGCGGAUCUUGUUGGACAGACCUCAGAUCAAUACAAAGACGGUGGAUAUGGCAUACCUGAGAAGCUUGCCGGAGGGAACGUUUGGGAACGAGUAUACCAGAUGGUUGGAUUGGUGUGGCGUUGGUCCGGAUACGAGGGCAGAGGUGCUUCACGUAGACGAUCCAACUUUGCGCUACAUUAUGGCUCGCAAUCGACAAUCGCACGAUAUGCACCACCUGCUAUGCCUCAUGCCCGUCUCCCACUUGGGCGAGACGGUGGUGAAGAUGUUCGAAGCGAGUCAUUUUGGUCUGCCCGUAUCCUACUUGUCCGCCCUUGCCGGUCCCCUACGUCUCUCGGCGGAGGAAAGGGCAAAGCUUUUGGGCUUUGGGCUCGCAGGUCUGGCAGCGUGGGCUUGGAGACAGGGACAGAUCACUAGCCCUCUGAUCAAUGUGUAUUGGGAAAAGAGAUGGGAGCAGGACUUUGGGGAAUUGAGGAGGGAAUUGGGCUUCGAUGAAGACCCGCCU